GCUCAAGAUGGAUGCGAACUACGAGCCAACGCUCAUGGAAUCCCGCACACUGUUUGGCCUGACUCUUGAGCAACGCCGCAACGACGCCAAGAUCAAUCGGGAUCUCUUCACCAACAUUGUGUCAAAGACCAAGACACUGCCAGAGCCUGCCAUCCGGGACCUGAUUGUGGCCACGAUAGCCCUCAAGUACACCCAGUCCAACUCUGUCUGCUAUGCGAAGGAUGGACAGGUGAUUGGCAUCGGUGCUGGCCAGCAGUCCCGAAUUCACUGCACACGACUUGCAGGUGACAAGGCCAACAACUGGUGGCUGAGGCAGCACCCCAACAUCAAGAGCAUGGUCUUCAAGAAGGGUGUCAAGCGUGCCGAGAUCUCCAACAUCAUCGACGUCUACGUUGGCGGUGUCUUUGGGGAGGACAUGCCUCUGGAGCAGUACCACAACUCUGUGGAGAACCCUGUGCCCCAGCUAACUGAGGCAGAAAAGAAGGCCUGGAUUGCCAAGUUGUCCGGCGUGGCCCUCAGUUCGGAUGCUUUCUUCCCAUUCAGAGACAACAUUGACAGGGCGCGUCAGAGCGGUGUGCAGUACAUUGUCAGCCCUGGAGGUUCCACCAACGAUCAAGGAGUUGUGGAGGCAUGCGACGAGUACGGAAUCACUUUGGUACACAGUGGUCUACGCCUGUUCCACCACUGAGCAGCUACUGUAGUUGGACAGGCUAUCCAUCGCCCGUUAGACUUCGUCUUUCGGUCUCUGUCCAAAUCGUUCAUUGUUAAAGUGCUGUGUAAGGAAACAAAAAUGUUUUGUGGCAUUGUACACGCUGUGCGCUCAACUGUGGAGCAUGCAAGUGUGUGGUGUACAUAAACUUUUUGGAUAUAAAACGUGAACAAUAAACAUUUUGCAAACCUG